CUUCCAGCAGGGGGCGGGCCGCGGCCGUGUUUGGGGUGGGAGAAGAAGAUCACGUUGCCCCCUCCCCGGAUUCUCCCCUCCCUUCUAGUAUAGCCUCCAGCCCAGAGGGGGCGGUCCGGGGGCGGGUUAGCGCCUUCUCUCGCUCCCAAUCCCGGGGCCGCCGGGUGGGAGUGGGCAGGGGGCGAUGCCGCCCCCCACCAGGCCGAGGGACCCCCGAGGGCACGCUCCAGGUCUCCAGUCUGGCCACUACGCCCCACCGCCUCCCUCCUGGGGGUCUCGGGCGGCCACAGCGUGUCCUCUGCGUGCCUGGGGAGGGGCUGGGGCGGCCUCCAGGCGUGACGCAGCCGUUGCCAUGGCCCGCCUUAUAAAUAACCGGGCUCAGGAGAAACUUUAGCGAGUCAGAGCCGCGCACGGGACCGGGAAGGGGACCCACCCGAGGGUCCAGCCGCCAGCCGCCAGCCCCCGCACUAAUAGCGGCCACGCCGGAGGGAGCGGCAACAGCAUCAGGGACACAGCAGCGACAGUUCGGAGCUGGGAGGCCGCGCCACCUGCGGGCCGGCCGGAGCGGGCAGCCCCAGGCCCCCUCCCCGGGCACCCGCGUUCAUGCAACGCCUGGUGGCCUGGGACCCAGCAUGUCUCCCCCUGCCGCCGCCGCCUGCCUUUAAAUCCAUGGAAGUGGCCAACUUCUACUACGAGGCGGACUGCUUGGCUGCUGCGUACGGCGGCAAGGCGGCCCCCGCGGCGCCCCCCGCGGCCAGACCCGGGCCGCGCCCCCCCGCCGGCGAGCUGGGUAGCAUCGGUGACCACGAGCGCGCCAUCGACUUCAGUCCAUACCUGGAGCCGCUGGGCGCGCCGCAGGCCCCGGCGCCGGCCACGGACACCUUCGAGGCGGCUCCGCCCGCGCCCGCCCCCGCUCCCGCCUCCUCCGGGCAGCACCACGACUUCCUCUCCGACCUCUUCUCUGACGACUACGGGGGCAAGAACUGCAAGAAGGCGGCCGAAUACGGCUACGUGAGCCUGGGGCGUCUGGGGGCCGCCAAGGGCGCGCUGCACCCGGGCUGCUUCGCGCCCUUACACCCGCCGCCCCCGCCGCCGCCGCCACCGCAGCCCGCCGAGCUCAAGGCGGAGCCGGGCUUCGAGCCCGCGGACUGCAAGCGGAAGGAGGAGGCCGGAGCGCCGGGCGGCGGCGCCGCAGGCAUGGCGGCUGGUUUCCCGUACGCGCUGCGCGCCUACCUCGGCUACCAGGCGGUGCCGAGCGGCAGCAGCGGGAGCCUCUCCACGUCCUCGUCGUCCAGCCCGCCCGGCACGCCGAGCCCAGCAGACGCCAAGGCGCCCCCGGCCGCCUGCUAUGUGGGGGCGGCGCCGGCGCCUUCGCAGGUCAAGAGCAAGGCCAAGAAGACCGUGGACAAGCACAGCGACGAGUACAAGAUCCGGCGUGAGCGCAACAACAUCGCGGUGCGCAAGAGCCGCGACAAGGCCAAGAUGCGCAACCUGGAGACGCAGCACAAGGUCCUGGAGCUCACGGCCGAGAACGAGCGGCUGCAGAAGAAGGUGGAGCAGCUGUCGCGCGAGCUCAGCACCCUGCGGAACUUGUUCAAGCAGCUGCCUGAACCUCUGCUCACCUCCUCCGGCCACUGCUAGCGCGGCCCCCGCGCGCGUCCCCCUGCCGGCCGGCCUCCGCGCUGCCGGGCGCGCUGCGGCCACCGAGACUCCGGGGAGCGUCCGCGCUCUCGCUCCCGCCCCCGCCCCUGGUGGCGCCGGCAAAACUUUGGCACUGGGGCACUUGGCAGCGCGGGGAGCUCGUCGGUAAUUUUAAUAUUUUAUUAUAUAUAUAUAUCUAUAUUUUUGUCCACACCAACCGCACAUGCAGAUGGGCCGCCCGCCCGUGGUGUUAUUUAAAGAAGAGAUGUCUAUGUGUACAGAUGAAUGAUAAACUCUGCCUCUCCUUCUGACCCCUCUCCAGGCGCCGGCGGGCGGGCCGGUUUCGAAGUUGAUGCAAUCGGUUUAAACAUGGCUGAACGCGUGUGUACACGGGACUGACGCAACCCACGUGUAACUGUCAGCCGGGCCCUGAGUAAUCGCUUAAAGAUGUUCCUACGGGGUUGUUGCUGUUGCUGUUGUUUUUGUUUUUGUUGUUGUUUUUUUGGUCUUUUUUUGUAUUAUAAAAAAAUAAUCUAUUUCUAUGAGAAAAGAGGCAUCUGUAUAUUUGGGAAUCUUUUCCGUUCAAGCAUUAAGAACACUUUUAAUAAACUUUUUUUUUUUUUUGAGAAUGG